AUGGACAACAUAGUUUUGGACACGGAAACAGACCCACCGGCCUCGGUAGAGUCGGUAAACGAUGAUGAGGAUGAGAACUACUCUGGUUAUUCAAGGUGUCUCAAGUUAGCAAACGCGGCCCGAGCCUUGCAGAUUCGUGCAUUCACCUCAUCUGUCACACUACAAUCAGAACUAAUACAACUUCCAAGAUACGUAAAACGCUCCACAACUUCCAGUGCCUCUCCCUGGAUCGAUCCUGUACCCCACUGCUGGUCCGAGAUCGGUCAUUUCAAACGAAAGUUUUGCAACGUUUGUCGCAAGCGGGUGGAUGACCUCCUGGCCCUACGGUGUGAAAUUUGUGAGUACUAUUCACACUACGAGUGUCUGGACUUUGCGUCGACGGAUUGUAAACAAUGUGCCGUAUCCACAAUGACCACUGCACUGAAAGUAAGUUUCCACAUGCCAUCCAAUGCCCCUCUGGUUGAUACAUUCGGUUUUUUAUUGAACGUUUUGUACAAUGGUCAUCCCCCUUUCCCAUUUUCUUUUUCGAACUCCUCUCAGCCGAAAAGUCCCACACAACUGGUCCCUGUAAGUUCUCCUUCGACACAAGCCCGACCAUUCAAAUCCCCCACAGAUGACUUGCUUGGACAGAGUACGGACUCCGGAGAUAAUUCUCAACCGGCUAGUGCAUUCCAAUCUCCUAAAUCUGCCUUUGGUCCCCCGUUCCGUGGUUCACCCUCCUCCCCCGCCGCCCAAUCAUCGUCCUUAUCCACGACCGGACCGAUUAGCAAUGAAUCCACUUUGCUCAGCGCCGACGCCCCGGAUCGUCACCUCCUGGCAUUAACCAAUCGACUGGCAACAACAUGUUUGACGGACGAUGGGGCAAGCACCGGACCAGAAAAAACGCAGCCACAUUUCCAUCAUUGGAGGGAGGGAAAUCUGCCGAUGACUUCCAAAUGUGCUGCGUGCAGGAAGACCUGUUGGUCUACGGAAUGUCUGACGGGCGUCAGAUGUGAAUGGUGUGGAAUUACAGCAUCUGGGGUUAGUUCUACCGUCUUCUCCCUCACACAGGCACACUUUUCCUGUCAGAAGAAUCUCCCCAUAGAAUGCGAUUUUGGCGUUUUGCGUGAGAUAAUGUUACCACCUGCUUGUGUCUCUCUGCCUCGAACAAGUCUCCUUGUGGAACAAAUUAUCGGAAUGACGAGGCCACCUCCGGAAACCCUGAUGGGGGUUCAAUCGUUGACUGAUGAAUUUUCCAGUAGUGGGGAUAGUCCAGAGGAGUCAGGGAUGGACAGGCGAUCGAUUAAAGAACGGUCAGAUUUCGAUGAUUACGUUCGCGUCUACGACGGAAUGGCUCGAUACCGAAAACGACAGUGUCGAUACCUGAGCCUCGGACGCAGUGUCUCCGUUCACAAGGUGAUUGAACUAUCACUGAAGGCCUUUCAACUCCCACCGGAUGAGGCAAAAUCCUACUGUCUUGUCGAGCUGAAUGAGCGAGACGGCGCAGAGCACGUGUUGGUCAACACUUCGUCUUUCAAAUCGCAGUUGCAAUUCGAAACGCGGCGACCACAAAUCAUUCUUCGAGUUCGAGAACGCUCAGUCGACAGAGAAUACAUUCAAGUCUAUCCUGGUGCAAUGGGAGAACAAUGUGAUACCGAGCUAGCUCCUGUCUCCGUACCCGUAACCCGAGAGACCACGUCACAUGAUGCUAUCGUGUUGGCUCUGAGGAGAUUCAACCUGGAACAUUUGGAUGCACGCAAAUUUCACUUGGUCGAGACCAUUUUGGACCGCGGACUUACCGAACGCGCCAUGCCCGCGGGCGAACGCAUCUGGGCUCUGUUGGAACGAGUCCGGCGAGAAUCGGUACGGGCCUGCAGACUUACGCGGUUCUACUUGCAACCAGUGGAAGAUCUGACGGGUCCCGGUGUGGCUCUGUUUGUCGGCAACCUGAAGAAGGGUUUGAGCCAACGACUAUACGAGCGCAUUCUAUUGGAAAGACUAGGAGUUGAAAAUAGGUGGGAUUCAAUCGAAGUCAUCUACUAUGAUUUUGGCAGUCUCGUGCUGGUCUACUCGAACCCCGAACGAGCCGACGAGGCGUACCACAUACUGAAGCAAAGCACGUUUGAAGACCGCCCCAUUUUGGCCAUGAUUCUCCCUCGACUGAUUGCCGCAAACUUGCCAAACGAUGUGCAACCGCUUUUGGUGCUGGUCAACGUCAAAUCCGGAGGAUGUCAGGGUAUCGAAUUGAUUACAUCGUUUCGCAAGCUCCUCAAUCCACACCAAGUUUUCAAUCUGGACUGCGGGGGUCCAUUGCCCGGGUUACAUUGCUUUCGGCAUCUGAAGCGGUUUAAAAUUCUCGUUUGUGGAGGCGAUGGCACUGUGGGUUGGGCUUUGUCCUGUCUGGACAAUGUUGGUCAGGAUGCCGCCUGUCCCACGCCGCCGAUGGCAAUCCUUCCGAUUGGGACUGGAAACGAUUUGGCACGCGUUCUUCGUUGGGGUCCCGGUUAUACUGGUGGAGAGGAGCCGCUGACAAUCUUGCGUGACGUUGUGGAAGCUGAGAAAAUCCGUCUGGAUCGUUGGACAGUGGUCAUCAAACCGGACGAGGCGGAAAAAGAUGCCCAAAAGAAACAAUUGCAAAUCCAAGCGAAUGCUGCCAAUACGAAUGAGGACUCGAGUCGGAUAUUUGUGAUGAACAACUACUUUGGGUUGGGCAUUGACGCAGAUCUGAACUUGGACUUUCAUAUGGCGCGAGAAGAGAACCCAGCCAAGUUCAAUAGCCGGAUACACAAUAAAAGCGUCUAUCUGAAAAUGGGCCUCCGAAAGAUGGUCAACCGAACCAAAUGCAGAGAUUUGCACCAGAAUAUCUGCGUUGAAGUCGAUGGACGCCAACUGGAUCUGCCCCCACUCGAAGGCAUCAUCAUCCUGAACAUCCUCUCUUGGGGUGCUGGCGCGAACCCAUGGGGUGUGGAAAAGGACGAUGCAUUCUCCGUUCCAACUCACUAUGACGGUCAGCUCGAGGUGGUUGGUGUCACUGGGGUCGUGCACCUCGGACAAAUCUUCUCCGGUCUACGAACUGGGACUCGAUUGGCUCAAGGACGGCAUAUUCGCAUUACGAUCAAGACGGAAAUUCCGGUACAAGUGGAUGGAGAACCGUGGAUUCAGCCCCCCGGACAGAUUAUUGUGCUACGAUCGGCGCUGAAGAAUAUCUGCGUUGAAGUCGAUGGACGCCAACUGGAUCUGCCCCCACUCGAAGGCAUCAUCAUCCUGAACAUCCUCUCUUGGGGUGCUGGCGCGAACCCAUGGGGUGUGGAAAAGGACGAUGCAUUCUCCGUUCCAACUCACUAUGACGGUCAGCUCGAGGUGGUUGGUGUCACUGGGGUCGUGCACCUCGGACAAAUCUUCUCCGGUCUACGAACUGGGACUCGAUUGGCUCAAGGACGGCAUAUUCGCAUUACGAUCAAGACGGAAAUUCCGGUACAAGUGGAUGGAGAACCGUGGAUUCAGCCCCCCGGACAGAUUAUUGUGCUACGAUCGGCGCUGAAGGCAACAAUGCUGAAGAAACGGAAGCGCCGAAAGGUGAAUCGCCGACAUACGGAACCCGGGCUCGGAGGCCCCGGAAGUCCAAAUUCUGAAGGACGAGGCAGUACUCUGGACGACCCAGAUCCCACGGAAAUUCCCGUUAGCAGCAUUUUCGGAGCUAGCGGUCCACCGAAACAAGAGUUUCCAUCCCCUUCCGGUGUCACUGUUGGUAUUCUGAAAGCGUCGAGCGCUCUCCCUGUUUUUGCGCCGGAGGCAUCCCAGAGCAUAGAAUCGGUCAGCGUACAAACGAAGAGGAGAGAUUUAAUCCCUGAUCCGCUGGUCAUCGCUCACCCAACAAAACCUCCCCUAGUUCCCAUGCCGUCCGAUCCCUUCGCAGCCACAUCCAAUCUAUUUGUUGAGAGUCAAUCUCAUCUUCUGUCGGCGGUGACCUACACGAGUGAACCGCAUAUUGACCAGACAACCUCGCGUGAUCUGGAACUAUGCAGUACACAUGUGGCACAUUCCGAUUUGCGGCACGAUCAGGGACAUAUCGCAGGUCAAGCCGAUUCGAUUUUUAGCUCCA